GCCAUUGAGGUAAAAUGUAAGACUCUUUGCAGUUCUUCUGCAAUUCGCUUUGGGUUCCAAAUCGAGUUCCUCUCGUAAUUUAUAAAAAAAUAUCAUGACUUGGUAGCUCGCUUCGCCAUCGCUCUCCAGCAAACGCAGCCAUUUUUCCUGUCGUCUGAAUAUUACGAUUUUGGAAUCCUACCAAUGAAAACCAACGAAAACUUCAGGAUUCAUUCAACUCAAUAAUCCAAUCAGAUCCAGAGGCAAGCUGAAUAUGUAAAACAAAUGGGAAUUUGAGUUUUUACAACCACUGAUAUUGAACCGAAAGUUAGCUCAAGAGUUGAUACAUAGUAACAGCAUAGUUGCUACAAAAUGAUGCUAUGUAACAACAGUCAAGGAAGUUAAAAUGGUUGCAAUAUUCCAUUUGCCAGACUCACACAGCAUAACUGCACACUUGCCGACAUACAUUGAAAAUGCUUUCAAAUAAACGUUCCGUUCUCGCUACACGGUCUGCUUCAACACAACACGCGCGUGCGGCUGUGCUAUUCACUGCGAACGACAUGGAACCAAAUGGGCUUACAAACGAAGUCGUCUGAACUGCUUGUGAAUGAAUACAAUGUCCAAUUUUAAGGACACGAACUCUAUCCCAGAUGGGUACAGGGCUCUAAACACCAGUGAAUUGCAGGAGCUUUUACAAGAUGAAGAAAAAAUGGACCAGAUCGUCCGACUCAAUGAGAAGUUUCAGGAGCUGCAGGUGGACAGAGAGAUUCUGCUGACCUCCAACCGGAGCUUGGCCGAGGAGAGCCUCGCCAGGCGACCCCUCCUCAACAACGGCAAACUCCAGCUGGCUGAGAAAUAUAGGGAUCUGACCAAUCUGGCAACCGCCUGCUGGGAAAAACAGAGUCGGCUCGAGGCCGACAUACAGAAGCACAGCCUCCAGACAGCACAGAAUCUUCUCCAGGAAGAUGUGGUGCGUGCUGAGGAACAGUCCGAGGACCUCCUGGAGAAGUUCAUGGAGGGGAACGUGCCCCUGGAGGGGUUUCUGGACUCCUUCCAAAGCUCCAGGAAGAGCUACCACAUUCGCCGUGCUCAGGCCGAGAAAAUCCAGGAGCUCAACCGAGCCAAACGGAAUUCCAGCAAACCCAAAAAGCCAGAGGACAAGAUGCGGGACGAGAAGCCGGAACCCCAGCGGACCAACGGCUUCAUGGCCCAGGGCCCGCCCCGGGUCUUCCAGCUCCGCUACGGCCUCACUCCCGCCAUCCUGCUUCCCCACUUCCCCCUGCCAUCCUCCUCCACCACCCCCCCAUCUGCCCUGACCCACACCAGUCUACCUCCGCUGGACUCCCAGCCGGGCCAGACCCAAAUCCUGAGCCCCAGUGCCCCGCUCUCUGGACAUGGGCAUCCUGUGAACCUACGGGUCAUUGGACAGUUACCCGGAGGUUGGUCAACCAGACCGAUGCGGUUACAGCAGCUCUAUAGGCCCGCCCCUCACCAGCCUGAGCCUCCAUACCGAUAACUGAGGCAUGGGCCCUAGAGGUCUCUAGACAUGGAACCAAACAGUGGCUACCAGACUCAUGCACGCAAAGAUGGCUUUUGAAGCUUUUGUGGAAUUGAUCUGAAACAUAUGUUCGCCAUCCAUGACACAAAACGUAAACAUACCUAAAAUGGGAUAUAACUAGAAGCCAUAAAGCACGGAAUAAGUUUAGUUGAAAGCAAGGGAGUAAAUGAAGGAGAAACAGGGCAUGUUUUUCAUUUUUAUUUGAAUGCUACACUUCCAGGGCAUCACGGUUGUAAAGCACAGCUAUGAUAAGGAAAUGUCACAAAUGGACUAGUGUCUCCAUCUUGUCAUAAAGGACCCCAUUGUCCAUCCAUCCGACUGAGAAUUGCAAGGCUUCUAUGAAAUGGCCUGGUGUCGUUUUGCUGAUGAUCAAUAAAGUCCAAAUCAUGUUUUUUAUUAUUAA